ACACAAAUAAUAUCGUGUACAUGCACUUGCACUCUCUUUCCUCUUAUGUUCCUCCAUUUGUCUGUCUAUCUCUAUAUAUACACACACACCAAACCUACGUGAAGAUAGCAAAACAAGAACCCAUCAUAUCUCAAAUUCAUCUCUCUAAUCUUAUUUUUUCUCACAGGCCCAUUUCUUCAAAUUCUUGACAAAACACAAUAAAACAAAAUGGACGCCGAGAGCUCUAUAGAAGAUAGGACCACCAGUACCAAAUCCUUCUCCGACUCCACUCUGGUGUCGGCGGAGGCGGAGGAGACGGCGAAGCUGUUGUCUCAUCCGGCGGUGAGACUUUACCGUAUGGUAAGCGGAGGCAGUGUCGUUUCAGAUUCCGACAACGUUAACGGCGUGGAGACGGAGUCGCGCAAGCUGCCUUCGUCCAAGUACAAAGGCGUCGUACCGCAGCCAAACGGCAGGUGGGGUGCUCAGAUUUACCAGAAACAUCAGCGCGUGUGGCUCGGAACCUUCAACAAUGAAUCAGAGGCGGCGCGUGCUUACGACGUCGCCGCCCGGCGGUUCCGCGGCCACAACGCCGUCACGAACUUCAAAUAUCCGGCGAACGACGGCGGCCAAAAUGUCACUGAAUCGGCCUUCCUCGAGGCUCACUCCAAGGCCGAGAUCGUUGACAUGUUGAGGAAACACACGUACGAGGAUGAGCUUGAACAAAGCAAACGGAGAUUCCACCUGUCGGUAGUUGACGGUAACGGAAAACGUUACAAGACGAGGGAAGCACAAAACGACGCCGUUGGGGGCAAAACGCGUGAGAUGCUCUUCGAGAAGGCCGUGACGCCAAGUGACGUCGGGAAGCUGAACCGUCUCGUGAUACCGAAGCCGCAUGCGGAGAAGCACUUUCCGUUACCGACGACGACGGAUAACGGUAACGAAACGGCGUCGCCGUCGCCGUCGACGAAGGGCAUGUUGAUGAACUUCGAAGACUUAACGGGGAAAGUGUGGCGGUUCCGUUACUCGUACUGGAACAGCAGUCAAAGUUACGUUUUGACCAAGGGAUGGAGUCGAUUCGUGAAGGAGAAGAAUCUCCGAGCCGGUGACGUGGUCAGCUUCGAGAGAUCGACCGG